AGCAGUGGCUGGAAUAUCGACAUCGACGUGCCAGUCCUCGUCGUUGGCGGCGGCCCUAGCGGCCUACUCAUGUCAUAUCUUCUAUCUAAAUUUGGAGUCCAGUCACUUCUGAUCGAAAAAUACCCUGAGAGGCUCGCCGCGCCUAAAGCGCAUGCGCUCUGUCCAAGAUCUCUAGAGAUAUGCCGCCAGUUUGGCCUCGACACAACUGCAUUGCGAAAGAUGGGGACUAGGCGAAAAGAUGCUUACUGGGUCAAUUUUCUGACAAACUUGAGUGGCGAACGCAUUGGGGUGCUUCCCUAUGAGCGGAUGGACAUUGAGGUCAUGGACGAGACGCCCGAGAUGAUUCACAACGUCGCCCAACCGGACUUUGAGAAGUUCAUCGCCAGUCACUUGAUGUAUGAUUCUAACGUGGAAGUGCGAAAAGGGGUUGCGUUCGUUUCUUGCCGCCAGGAAAACGGAGUUGUUACCAGUACACUCGAAGAGUGCCACACGAAGCAUCAAUACACUGUUCGUUCGAGACAUGUGGUUGGUUGCGAUGGUGCCAAGAGCCAGGUACGGAACGACCUAGGGAUUGAAAGCGAGGGUGAAGACAGUUACGAGACAAUGAUGACGAUACACUUCAAUGCCGACUUGAGACCUGUGGUCAAGGAUCGAGUUGGCAUGCUGCAUUGGAUCACAGACCCAGCUUGCUCCGGGUUUAUCAUUGCGUAUGAUCUGUCGGAGAAUCAAGUAUUGAUCAACAACUUUGACCCCAAGAGACACCCAGUGGGCUCCUGGAAUGCGGACCUAGCCCGGAAAGUCGUUGCUGCAGCCAUCGGUCACGAUGUUCCCUUCAACGUCUUAAGUUACCGACCCUGGGUUCUCAGUCGCAGAGUUGCGAAUCAAUAUCAUGUUGGAAACGUCUUACUAGCAGGCGACGCAGCCCACUCCUUCCCACCCACCGGUGGUUUGGGCCUCAACUCAGGCAUAGCUGAUGUCCAUAACCUCGCAUAUAAGAUCGCAAGUGUGCACCAAGGACGGGCAGGCCAGCGCAUCUUAGAAAGCUACGUGGAAGAGCGACGUCAGAUUGCGCUAGUAAACUCAGGCCAAAGCGUCGAGAAUGGCAAGAAAAUAUUCUCUUUCCUUAAUACACUUGGAACCGCUGGGAUUGAGGAUAUCGAAGAAGCGAGAGGGAAUCUUCACAAGUCAAUCCAUGACCCUGCUAAGCAAGAUUUAAUCAAGGGGCAGGUCGAAGGGCAAAGAGAGCAUUUUGAUAAUCUGGAGAUUCAUAUAGGGUACGUAUACGGAUCGAAACAUGCACCAUCCAAUGCCUCGCAUUAUACACCUAAGCUUAUCCCAGGUGCUCGACUGCCCCACGCAUGGAUCAAGCUCCACGACCCGACCCAGAUCCCAGACUUUAAACCCGUGGACGUUUCUUACGUGGAAGAGUGGUCAAAUGAUGAGAUAUUCGCGCGCACGGCUUCAACGCUAGAUUUAUGUCACUUCAACUCCUUUACAGUGGUUGUGGGAUCCAGAGAUGAUUGGGGUAGACGAUAUGAGGAGCUGCAAGACUUGUUGAGGGGGAGACACAUUCAGGUUCAUCUUUAUGCAUUAGACGCGGACUUCGAAUUCGUCUUUGAGAAGCACAGAAUGCUCUUUAAGCAGGGUUCCAACAUGAUGAGGGGUGGGGCCAUAUUGGUGAGGCCUGAUCAGCACAUACUCGCCAUAGUUGAACCGAGGGCUUCGGCGGCGGAGAUUUUGUUGGUUCUAUUGAAGCACUUGUGCAUGUUGUAGAUUUUUACGAG